AUGGCAUACGUGGAAAAGGAGACGGAUUGCAAGGACUACUACUGCGAUGCCAUGAGCGUUUGCGGCGUUCGCUGUCCGGAGAUUGACAUCAUGGAAGCCAACAAGCAUGCCUUCCGCUCGACGCUCCACGACGGGAUCUCGAACCAAGAGCUCCCCACUGGCGGCUUCGGUGGGGGAGGCAAAACCUGGAUGGGGCCGCGGGACUGGUCGAGCGAGCAGUAUGGUCCUGGGGCGCUGUGCAUCGACACUAACAACCCCUUCCAGGUCGCAGCCAGAUUCCCGAAAGACAUAUAUGGGAAGCUGGCAGGCAUGGAGGUUGUCCUACUGCAGCUCUCAGCUCAGAGAAACUGCGAGCUGCUAGUCGACAUCUCCAAGUACAAGGAUCCCAAGACAGGUGACGAUAUGCUUCACCUGUUGGGAAAGACUUUGGAGGCAGGAAUGACUCCCAUCGUUAGCUAUUGGAAAUCUCGGACAAUGACCUGGCUGGAUGGUCAUGGCCCUGACGAAGUUGACAGCGGCUUGUGCGAGAAAUCGGAGGACGAAGAGCCUCAGUGCUCAGACAUUUUGGGCAGGAAGGAAGUCGAAUUUUCAUCCUUUUCGAUCACAGACCUGGUGGCAUAG